GGGACUAUGUGGUGGUGUUAAAUUACCAAAUAUUUCCUUCAAAAAACCCACUAUUUCAAAAAAACUAAAAUUUCUUUCUUACCAAUCCUUGGCAAAUUACUGUAGCGGUUAUAGUCAAGUCAUAUCUUCACGCCAAGCUGAACUCAAACUCUACCAUUCAGUACCUUUAUGAUCAAUACUUAGAAAAAUCAGAGUUUUUAUUAAUUUAUAAUAGUUUAAAAGUCGAUGUUGAAUAAAAUUAACGUCAGGUAAAUCGAUGGAGGAAGUUAAGAAAAAGGAAAUUGCAAACGCCGGAACUCCUGGGCUACGUCGCCAUAUAUCCGGCCGGUGGAUAUCUAAUGUUCCUAGUUAUGAAGGAAAUGAAUGGAGUAGUGAAGAAUCAGAACCAGAAGACAAUGAAAGCAAUCCCACCAGUGCCGAUUCAGUCGCGAAUCUGAAAUCCAAAGAGGAGACUAGACACGAACUCAAAGAUCAAAUUUCAGAGGUUUCAGAAGAAGAAGAGGAGGAAGAGGAAGAAGACUCUGAUGAUAAUACGUCUGACGACGAUUAUGGAUUCGAUGAAUCCUCAACGUUUGUUUAUCGCAAAGAAGCGUCUGGUAGCCAAGAAACCCUUGCUACAAAAAAUUUUACGGCUGAUGAAAGUGCCAGAAUGUGGGCAGAAAAGCGCAGAAUAUUAUUGCAACGUCUAGGAAAGAACCCUGAUACCAAGCCUGCCGAUUAUACAGCAACAUAUCUAUCUGCGAACGUAAAGCAAUCUUCUUCACCUUUAGCUGGAAACCAAAUGUUCAACAGAGAAGAGCCAGCUGGUCCUUAUACGACGUUGAACAAUGCGGCAUCAUCCACAUCAUUAAUGCACUCCCAAAAGCGAUCUCAGUCACUUGAUGAUGAAAGUGAAAAGAUUAUCCAGGACACCUUUGAAGGAAAUCAAACCAGCAAGCUUUCACCUUCUAUUUCAUAUGAAGACGAAGGAAAAUUUGCUUCAUCAUAUUUCCGUCCACCUACGGAAAGCGAUACUAGCGAAGUUGCCCAGGACGAGGAUGUUCGUCAUGAGAACUAUCUAGAGAGACCCGUAGAUACCGCCAACCAUUCCAAAAUACCUUCUGCAGGAUCCUUCUUGGAAAACCCUUAUACUCUCCGAAAUAUCCCUCAGAAGCAACCUUCAGAACAAUCAGAUUAUACCGAAUCUAAGCCACCAGUUGUUGAAGAGAAAAAGGAACCCGUAUCAAAGAACCUUGAGGAGUCUGAAGAUACUCCUUCUUUAGUAACGCAUCAACCCGAAGGUGGGGCCCAUAAUUUUAUAGGAUCAGAAAGUGACGAUUCUUUUGCUUUGCCUACAUUGAAGGUCGAAGAAGAAACAAAUUCGAAAACUUCGCUCAAUGAAUUUGAACCAGAGAAUUCUGCUAAACCUUUGACCGAGACUUCAAACCCGAUACCCGAAACAUUUGAGGAAAAAUUCUUCCAGAAGGAAGACGAUUUACAUGUUCCGUUGGUCGAGUCUCCUGAGCAAAGUGCAGUAGCUUUGAAUGAACCCGCUGGAAGCUCCACAUACCGUUAUGUAGAAAGUACUUCUGCUCCUACUGCUGAAGGAAAUAACUCGCCAGUUCAGCAGUACGAAGAACUAGUGUCUCCAGAAUCUCCAUUUUUAUACUCUCCCCAUAAAACGGAAGAGGAUCGUCGAUUCCAAAACGACGUGGCUUCGGAUUCAGAUCACGAAAGUAUUUUACAUGAUGUAUUACCUUCUUCUGCUGAUGAAGACAUAAAGUCUACUCAAUCAAGACAUUUAGGGAGUUCGGAUGACGCCGUUUCGGAGGUUAGUAAAGACGAUGCUGUUGAUCCUCCUCUCCACCAUCCUUUGUACACGCUGGUUGGCAAAACCGAAAGUAACUCUAAUGUUUUCAAGUCAAACGCCGAGAAAAAUGUCUCUAGCUUAAAAAUUCAUGAAAACGGUAAUCUACCCUUAACAGAGAAGAAAGCCUCCGUAAUCAAUACGGGCUCAUUUUCUGAGACUAUGUCAAUAAGUUCAAAAGCAUCUAAGUUGCCUGAAACUGAAUCAUACCAAAACGGCGAGAGCUUGGAGAAUUUAUAUAGCUAUUUAUCUGAAGAGACAGAUUCCAAUGUAUCCAAAUUAAAUGCGGAUGACCCCUUUUGGUCUGAAGGUUUGCAAGAUGAUUUUCAAGGUAUAAAGACUACCGAAAGUGCGACUUCCCUUCAUGAUCCUUUACCAACCAUAAAGGAAAUCAGUGCAGAAAAUGCGGUUCCCGAGUCUGCUCAUUUAGUCGUUGAAGAACCUAACGCCUUGUCUUUGCCUAAAGUCUAUGAAGGCAGUCGAAGGACUUCUAUAAAUAAUGAAGAACUAGAAGCGGCAGCUUUAACUAGAGGUUCAUUACCAUCGAUUCCUACUAAUACAAAUGAGAAAACAGCAGAUGAGCCUUCUGCGAGAAUUCCCACUCUUGAUUCAAGGAGCAAGAAAGAUCAGAUACCAAAUGCACCUCAACUGAAGACUUUUGAAAAUGAAGAAAAGCCGGGCAAAGUUUCACAAGACAAAAGUCCUCUCUAUUUCGCUUCCUUUGAAGCCUUUGUAAAAAGUCCGUUAAUAUCCAUUAAGGAAGUGAAUAGCUUAGGAUCUACGGACCAUAGAUGUAAUUUUUUUAAUCGCAAAAUUCAGGACUUACGAAACUAUGAUUCUGGCUUAGAUAGUUGGAUUGAAUCUUCUCAAAGAAAGAAUGACGAUAUCUCUUCCUCAAAAUCGUUUUCGAAACCACUUCAAAUGGACUUUAAUAAGGAUUAUUCCACUCGUUCCCCUAGUCCUGCAAAGUCCUCAGGUUCUAUCAGGCAUAAUAUCGCAGCGGAAGCUAGAAAGAAAUCGAAAUCCGCUGCUAAUGAUAUCUUGCAUUUGUUUAAGAAAAAAGGUAAGAAUGAUACUGAUAAUAUCCCAAAAGAUUCAAAAAGUAAGAAGAAGCUUUUUGGCAAGAAAAUUGGAUUCAAGCCUUAAAUUGCUCUAAAUUGCUCCUUUUUUAAAGACUUUAUAACUGUUAUUUCUUUUAUUUCUAUUUUAUUUAUUAUGAUUAUGUUUAUAAUGAGGAAAUUUUUGCUAGGAGGGUGCCUAUAAUGAAUUGAUUUCUACCUCAAUUUUCUUGUGUAUGAGUAUACUAGCAGUUCUUUAGUAGCUCAUGAAUUACACAAGCAAAAAGAAUCUUUCAUUUAAACUAGUUUGAAAUUACUCUCAAUUCUCCUUAGAUAGAUCAACA